AUGAAACGUCCAGAACAGAGAUGACAACGAGUCCAGGGUAAAUGCGUCGAGGACUCGGACUUCAGUCUCUUACAUAGUAAGUGCAUUUUGCCAACUGAGUCGCCAGCGGCAGCGCCCCGUCCUGAUUUCAGUAUCUGUUUCUGCUUUCACUUUCAUUUACAAGGAAGUGUCAACGUUUGGAGCGAACAGGUGAAGAUCUGCUUUGUUUUGAAGAAAGGAAGUGGACCAUCGCAAUGUCUACUUUCAUGGAAGAAGAGCUCAUGGACUAUCAGGCUCAGUUAUUUUCACAGGCUGGUAUGGAUCCUCCAACAGAUCGAGAAGAAGUCCUAUUGACUCUGUUGUUGAAGUGGUUGGAUAAGAACAAAAAGAAGACAGAUCUACAAAAAUCCCUCCAGACUCGGUUCAAUAAAUUAAAAACUAAAAUAGACUGCACAGUUCAAGAGGUCUUACCAGAUGGACGAGCUCUGAUUCUGGUUUCACCUCCUCCAGGUCUCAAAGAGCUUCAGAAGCUGAGUGGAAAAACACUUUAUACAAAAGACAAAAAACAAUUAGUCACCAUUCUGUCUGUAAUGCUGGAAAUACCAAAGCAGGAUCCACAAACAGCAGACGAUGCUUCAGUGAAUCCGACUCCUCCAGCGGCUUCAGUAAACACCAAAGAUGCUGAUUUGGAGUCACCAGCUGGACACACUUUAACACAGAACAUGGUCUUCUCUGUCAAGAGUGGUACUCCAUUCACUUCGACAGCAGAAACAGCUCAAAAACGUUGUCUUCUGCCUCUGAAUCACUUCUGGUACAUGAAUCACAUCCACAAGGAAGGAAUUAAACAGAUUGAGAGGAAGAAUAAAAUUAAAAUGGUGGCACAGGUCCAUGUGACAUUUGAAGCUGAGCAGGAAGAUGGAAACCCUCAUGAAGCUCUCAAUGAGUUCAUUGAUCUGUCACAGAGCUGCUCUGCUGAUUCAGGCCAGGCAGUGAUUCCUCUCAAGUUUGUAGAUCCAGAUCAGUGGAGCGACGCGUUAAAAGUCAUCAAGAGAAACAAGGACAAGAUUUUGCUCACCAUGUCAUCAGAAGAAGUUAUUGUUAGUGGUCCAAAGCAAAGCCAAGAUGAAUUCAGUGCCGUCCUGAAUGCAAUGCAGACGACAAACACACCGGCUGAACAGCACAAACCUGCAUCAAAUGGUACAUUACAGAGGAGUAUAAACAUGACCGCCAAAUAUCCAGGACUACCAAUACGUAACUUCAGUAGUGAUCUCCUGGUGAAAAACAUGACAAUCAAAGAUGAUCUUGCUGAUAAAGGUCUGACCAUAGAUAAGGACCAGUGGAAAAGCCUGAAGUCUUCUUAUGAUAACCACCUUGCAGUGAUCAAAGCUAAGUUCAAUGUGGAUUUUAAGGAAUCCAGCAUCAGUGAGGGCAAAGUUAAUGUCCAAUCAUCAUAUAAAGGACAUGGAGGAAACCCAGCAAUGGAGAGCCAUGCUGUCAGAGCUCUGCUGCGUCUGUACCAGAAUAUUAGGGUGUCAACCAGGCACCUUAUGGAGCCCAGUGGCACCAUAAGGUGCCACCCAGUGGCAACAUGGGACAACAAAGAAGACACAUGUCCAAUAUGUUUGUCUGAUUUUACUAAUAAGAAGCAACUGAAGUGUAAACAUGCAUUUUGUAAGGAGUGCCUGCAAAGUGCAGUGAAAUCAUGUGGACCCAUCUGUCCAAUUUGUAAGGAUGUUUUUGGUGUGAUGAAGGGAAACCAACCUGAUGGAACAAUGACUUUUAGUAGAAAUCCUUCAUCUCUACCUGGAUUCCCAAAUUGUGGCCAAAUAUGCAUCACCUAUCACAUUCCAAGUGGAAAACAGACGAAAAAUCAUCCAAAGCCUGGUCAGUACUAUGGAGGAACUACCAGACAUGCAUAUCUUCCUGACAACAAAGAGGGAAAUGAAGUUCUGCUUCUCCUGAAAAAAGCUUUUGAUCAGAAGCUGAUUUUCACUGUUGGGACUUCUAGGACAAGUGGGGCCGAUAACAUGGUGACCUGGAAUGACAUCCACCACAAGACGUCCAUGACAGGAGGACCAGAGUGUUACGGGUAUCCAGAUGAGAAAUACCUGAGCAGAGUCAAGGAGGAGCUGAAGGCCAAAGGCAUUGAGUGAAGUUUUUGUUUUACAUUUAGUGAAACUUUAGUUCAAAAAUCUGACAAAUUGAAUUUCCACAUUUUGUUCCAUCAUGUUAGAUAUUUUAUAAUAAAUGAAACUUAAUGGUUACUUUGAAGUUCACUGAAAGCUGAAGACUUUCUAUCAAAAUAUAACUAAACAAAUCAGUGUUUU